AUGGACCGUGUUGAUCAGGGGUCGAUUCUUGGGACCUGUCACAUCCAGACUGAGAUCUCUCAGACGCUCGUUCACUCAUCCCAUCGGCCGGGCGUUUUGUGGCAUGUUGACGUGCCCGGCCUUGGUUUGCGAUUUUCUAGAGAGUGGGAAAGAGAGAGGGGCGGUCUCCGAUUAUCCACCACGCCGGGUGAAACGCUUCAGUGCCUAUCCUUCAUCACGAAGAUGAAACGAAUCAUGAGGGUCGGCAUUCUGUUGCUCGUGGCCACAGUGGCACAGGCAGCGUCCACAUCCGGCUUGAACUCGUCUUCUCUGACAGCCCUCAUGGCGAGAGUCCCACAUUGCGCAAUAGGAUGCUUACUCGAUGGAUACCACUCCGCUCACUGCCCCAUUGACAAGAUAACAGACUGCGUCUGCACCGACAUCCCGUUGCAGGCCCGCAGUUCUCAGUGUGUACAGCAGUCAUGCGACUUCAACGACCAAAUUGCCACCGUCAACGUCUCUCAAGAGUUGUGCAAGGACUACCCCAUUGAAGAGCAAUCACGACCUGCCAAGUUCUUCUCCGUUGCCCUUCCUACCAUGACUCUCGUGGUUGUGCUACUUCGAUGUGUUGCCCGCAUACAGGUUGCCAGUCGGUUAUGGUGGGACGACGGUGCGGCUUUGAUGGCUAUGAUCAUUUACGUCUUGCAGAUGCUCUACAUCUUCGUGCAAGGAUUUGCCAAAAUUUCCAUUGCCUGCUUCUAUUAUCGUGUCUUCACCGGGAAGACCUUCCGCCUCAAGAUCAACAUCUUCUUGAUUUUCCUCACCACGCGCAGUCUCAUGUUUCUACUUCUCGUCAUUUUCCAGUGUACUCCGAUCCAGUCCAUCUGGAACCGGGCUAUUCCGAGUCAAUGUCUCAACCUCUCCGCUAUCAGCUCAGGCGGCGCGGCCUGCAGCAUUCUUGAAGAUAUUGUCCUUAUCAUUCUCCCCGUUCCGGAGCUUAUGAGACUCCAGCUAGAUAAGAAAAAGAAGGUCGCUUUGUUCGGCAUGUUCGCCCUAGGAUCCUUUGCAUGUGUUGCCAGCAUGAUCCGACUCAAACAACUGGUCUAUUUUCCUCAUACGUUCGAUCCUACGUGGGACUACGUCGGCGUCAUAGACUGGUCCUGCGCCGAGCUCAACGCCGCCGUGAUGUGCAGUAGCCUCCCAGCCCUACGGCCGCUCUUCGUCAAAGCCCUGGUUCUCGUUUCUUCACGGAAAUGGAGCGGUCGGGCCACAUCCGCCGGCGACAAGUCUCACCAGCACCAGCAACGGCAUGGUUUCGCAAUGGCCAACAUUGGCUCGCACCCUUCGAGGUCCCACCAAGCAAGCGCCCAAUCGUGGCCCAAGGAUGUGGCACAGAAGCCCGUCAGGCUGGAUUCGCUUGAAAUAGAGUCCUCGGCGCCGAGUGAGGGGAAGUCAUCCCCCUAUUGCUUGGAGGCGGCGAUCGAGCGGAACGGUAGCGACUUGGACAGCGGGCCUUGGUCGGCGAGUGCAGCCUCUACGACGUUUAUUGAGGAGCAGAUGGAAGAUUCCAGCAUUAAGAAAUAG